AUGAUGUUGCUAGUAUAUCUGUCAGUGUUGGUCUCUGGUUGCCAGAGUACCAAGUCUGUGGACAAACGAAUCUUGCUGAAUGACCCGCAGUAUGUACAACAAGAGUUUACCAGGUUUCAGUCAGAAUUACAGGAGCUUCAGGUAACACUCAACACACAACACCAGGAAAAUGUGAAUUUGAAGAAUACCAUGACAAGUUUAAAUAAGACCGUGGCAGAGCUUCAGUUUACAAUUCGAACACAAAAUAUGACCUCCAUCCAGAAUACCGUGAGUGAAGUAGGUACUAACAAAGGAGCGGCGGUUUUUAAUCGAUGGGGACGAAAGGACUGUCCUGCUAACAUAACCUCAUUGGUGUACACAGGUUAUGCCGGGGGUUCCAUGUUCACAAGCCCGGGGGCCGCAGCCGAGUACCUGUGUAUGCCCUCUGACCCAAUCUGGGGGCCACACAAGGACCUUUCCUAUAGUAACGAAUGGGUAGGUUAUGUUUAUGGAGCCGAAUAUGAAGGUGUUGGAACUACUUUGUUUGGCAUGGGAGAUGGUACUCAUGACGUGCCUUGUGCCGUAUGUCUCGGCAGCCAGUACACCGUCUCUCUCAUGAUUCCUGGACGGACUGAAUGUUAUCCUGGUUGGACGAAGGCUUAUCAUGGUGACCUUUCAUCUGGAUCUCAUAACGUGGCUGCAGCCACCCAGUACGUAUGUGUAGACCAGCAUCCCCAGUACCUGGAGGGCGGAGCUGACAAAAACGAGAACGGGAAACUCUUCUAUGGUGUUAAAUCGAAAUGUGGCCCUCUUCAUUGUCCACCAUACGAGGACAAUAAACUUCUCUCCUGCGUUGUUUGUUUGAAAUAA